UCGGUAAGAUUAGACUAAAUUACACGUUUGGUUACUUGAAUUAAAUUUUUUUUCACGUUUCCCACACAAAUUACUUUUCUAUUAUAUUAACCACUAACUUUACGAUUCGUUUCACCGUUAGUCACCCUCCGUUAACACCGUCAAAUUUUUGAUGACGUGGCAAACGGAAGUGCUGACUGUACCGUUAAGUGAAUUAAAAAAAUUAAAAGAAAACAAAUAAACAAAAAUAGGCAAAGUAGUAGUGGCCCCUUCCCCUCCACUUAUUCUUCGCCUUCCCCAUCUUUACGCAAGAGUUGGGUCCUGGAGAACUAUACCUUCCAACUCCAGUUCCACCACUGCUCCUCCGCCUAGGCGUAAUGACACCAGUAGCUCCUUUGCCUGGUGGCGGCACUCCGCCAUUGCACGAUUUCUCCGUCGCCCCCGACUCUCUCCUCAUCCGCGAAAAGAAGACAAUCCACGACGCCUUCGAUACCAUCCGACUCCUCUCUCCGAAUCCGACAUCGCCGGGUUCUGCUCCUAGACUAGCGUGUACUGGCUGGGGAUGGACGUGACCAACCCAGACAAAUAAGAACUCCAAAUCGAUCUCUCUUCCUACCCUCGAUCUCAAUAUGCCACUGCUCUGCUCUCGUCGCUGGCGAGAGAACGAAGACGGUAAUUACUUUGUUCCUUCUCAAUGCUUGGUCGAUUUUUAGGGGGGGUUUUGUUUGAUUCCAAGUUUGAGGAGUUUUAAUUUUGAUUUUUAGGGGUGGUGUAUUUUGGAAGAUUUCCCUAGAUCUGGAAUAAGAAACUAGGGACGAAAACGGCGGAUCGAUGCUGACACGUGCAACGACGAUGACGAUGGGUUGGAUUCCGGGCUGAGGUUGUAGCGACGGUCUGAGAGGAGGCUAUAUCAACUGGUCUUGGCGAGAUGGUGGCGGCUCCGACUGCGACGAGAAAGUUUGUGGUGCGUCGGACUAGGUUGCUGAAGGCGGCAGAGUUUACGGCAACGAGCGGCACCAGGAUGAGGAAAAAGCAACGAGCGGCUGCGGGAGAAGAUGACUGUGGCGCCACUGAAACUUGAUUCGACGGUGGGGGUAACAUGUACCUCGCCGACGGGACAGGGAGAUCGAUGGCACCGCUGAUCUCUGUUUUGGCUGCUGCACGUGCGAAGAGGAAGGAGAAGAGAAAGGUUGUUGUGAGGAGAGAAUGAGGUGGAGUUUUUUUCAUUGACACGUCAUUAAGUUAAUGCUCAGUCAGCACUUUCGUUUGCCACGUCAUCAAAAAUUUGAUAGUGUUAAUGGAGUCUGAUGGAGACUGACGGAGGGUAAUUAAUAGUGAAACGAAUCGUAAAGUUAAUGGUUAAUAUGAACAAAAAAAUAAUUUGAAUGGCAAAGGUGAAAAAUUUAUAUAAUUCGAGUGACCAAACGUGUAAUUUAGCUAGCAAGAUUAUAAGAAAUUAAGAACAAUUGAGUCGUGCACACAUGUAAUAUGCAAAUGGGGAAAAGAAGAUUAGCAAAGAAAAAAACAAAAGGAAAGAGAUAAAGCAAGGGUUCAAAGCGUUUCUAUUUGAUUAAAACAAAGAGGGAAAGGAAACAAAGGGUGGAAAUUCCAAAGUGGAAGUAGAAAACCAACCCAAAACACUUUGGAUUCCGACAAAGCAAACACACCAGUCACCAGUCAUCUCCCUGCAGUUUUUCUUUGACUCCCUCAAUAUAUAACGCCUUCCCUUUUCCCCCCUUUCCCUUUCUCUAGCCCAAAGCAAAGCCAUCUCGCGCUUCGUCCUUCAUUCCAAUCCCAUCUCUCUUUUCCAAUUUUAGGGUUCCCCCUCAUUCCCAAAACCCCCAGUCUCCUCUCUCCUUCAUCUCUCACCUCUUCAAUGGCUGCCUGUGACCUCCCAAUCAUGUCAAUUGCUGGGCCUUCUCCAGAUUCUAAAGUUAUGGACGACAGUUAUGAAGAAUCCUGCAGCAUCUGCCUCGAGCCUUUCACUGUGCAAGACCCCGCCACUGUGACCAAUUGCAAGCAUGAGUACCAUCUGCAGUGCAUUCUCGAUUGGUGCCAGAGAAGCGAAGAAUGCCCAAUUUGUUGGCAGCUCCUUUCCCUGAAAGAACAAUCCAGUCAAGAGUUGUUAGCUGCUGUUGCGGCCGAGAGGCAUUCGAGGUUAACGAUCCGAUCUCGUCCUGCAUCCGCCACCAGACCUUAUCUCUUUGACAAUUUUGAUCUAGAACAGGACUCCUACUCAGAUGAUUCGGACUUUGAUGAGCGUAUAGGGCAGCAUCUUGCUGCAGCUGUGUACAGAGCUCGCCAGUUCCAGAGGAGGGAGAAUAGGUCCCCACCUCGACUCGGUACUUCCAGGGUGUUCGUCUUUGAACCCCAUGCGGUUGAUUUCAGGAAUGAUCAGCAAAUUUCAUCUGGUGGCCUCAGUUUGAGUCCUGCCUCAUCUGGAAGUGCUUCACCAACUUCUCCCAUACCGUCACUUACCCACCUCAGGAACUCCGAGGACGCGAUUUCCUACGAUCGCCCCAAUGGCCUGUUCAGGACGGGGAUUCUCUUCGGACAGUCACAAUCCGAAAGCCCCGACGAGCCAGGUUCUUCGAGGAUUGUGUCAUUGUCUGACUCCAUCAAAUCCAAAUGGGUUGCUGCUUCAUCCAAAUACAAGGAAUCGAUCACGAAGGGCACUCAAGGUAUAAAGGAAAAGUUGCUUGCACGUAACAACUCGGUUAAAGAACUGAGCAAAGGAGUCCAGCGAGAAAUGAGUGCCGGAAUUGCAGGCGUUGCAAGAAUGGUGGAAAGAUUAGAGCUUUCCUCCUCGAAACGCAGCAGCCCAGCUGGUUCCGGGGAAACCGGCUCAAGUUUCUGCUUCAAGGGGAAAGAUGUGGAGGACAACUCUCUUGCUAGAGCUCUCCAGAAAGACGAGGCAAUGGAGGAGAUCAGCCUCGGUGGCCACCGCCCUUCCACACCUGUCCCUUGCCAUUCAAAAGUUUCUCAUCUCCAGACGGGUCAUUGAUUGUUGCAGUUGAGUGCAAUCCGCCAUUUUCAAGAGUCUUUCAACAACCGUGUGCUUUCUUUCUGAAGAAGUGGAUGCUAGAGAAGAGCAAAUACGCAAGUGACGGCUUUUCGAAGAUUGAAGAAAACCAAUUCCCUUGAUUGGUCUUUGCGUCCUGCAUUUUUUUUUGCCAUAACCGAUUAGCCUCUUGAGCGAGCAUAUACGAUCCUUCUACUGAUCUCCAAGACUCUCCCAUUAUGGAGGAUCCGGUGAUAAGUUUCGAACUUUGGAACAACUUACCUGUAAACUAGCCUCCGAGGCUAAUCCUUAAUUUAAGUAUAUUAUAAUUCCGUGUUGGAUUCUGAGUAUUGAUCAAUGUUACAGGCUUUAUCUGCAGUUCUGAAAUUGAAAAUGAAGAGACAAAGAUUAU